UCCUGAUGAUGCUCCAUGGAGUUUGAGACACAUUAUUCUUCUGAUUGGGUCUUUUAACAUCUCGAGUUGUUGUCUGGUCGAUUGUUCUCCUCCUCGUUCGGGUAAUUCCUUUGCUGAUUCUCUUGCCAAAGAAGAUAUGUCUUCGAAGGUGGAUGACAAACCCAUUACCCGCGUUCUCUUUUGUGGACCGCAUUUUCCAGCUUCACAGAAUUAUACUAGAGAAUACUUGGAGAAGUAUCCUUUUAUCCAGGUUGAUGAAGUGGCCCUCAAGGAUGUUCCAGAUCAUAUUGGGAACUACCAUCUCUGUGUUGUGUUAAACAUGCGAUUAGAUUCAAAUGUUAUAUCUCGUGCCAAUCAGAUGAAGCUAAUAAUGCAGUUUGGUGUUGGCUUAGAAGGGGUUGAUGUUGAUGCUGCUACAAGGCUUGGCAUUAAAGUCGCCAGAAUUCCGGGUGAUGCAACUGGAAAUGCUGCAUCUUGUGCUGAAAUGGCUAUAUAUCUAAUCUUGGGACUUCUCCGGAAACAGAAUGAGAUGCAAAUUUCUGUAAAGCAGAAAAAGCUUGGAGAGCCUCUUGGGGAAACACUUUUGGGGAAAACGGUCUUUAUAAUGGGAUUUGGAAAUAUUGGAAUUGCUCUGGCAAAGCUCUUGAAACCAUUUGGUGUUAAAAUUAUUGCUACAAAAAGGAGCUGGGCCACAAAUUUGCAAGUUCCUGUUCCAAAAGCAGCUAAAACUCAAAACGAGAUCGUUGAUAAAUUGGUUGAUAAGAAAGGCAGACAUGGAGAUAUUUACGAGUUAGCGAGCUAUGCCGAUAUAGUUGUUUGUUGCUUAAGUUUGACUAAAGAAACAAUUGGCGUUGUAAACAAGUACUUCAUAUCUUCAAUGAAAAAGGGUGCCCUUUUGAUAAACAUUGCUCGAGGUGGUCUUCUAGACUAUGAGGCUGUUGUGCAUCAUCUUGAGUCUGAACACUUGGGAGGCUUAGGAAUUGAUGUUGCAUGGACAGAACCAUUUGACCCUGAUGAUCCAAUUUUGAAAUUCAAGAAUGUUAUGAUCACACCUCAUGUUGCUGGCAUUACUGAACAGUCUUUUAGAUCAAUGGCUAAGGUUGUGGGUGAUGUUGCCUUACAACUUCACGCUGGAACUCCUUUGACAGGGAUAGAAUUGGUCAAUUAAACCUAUCAAUCCAUUUAAGGUUCAGUAGAUUUGUCCUGGUGUUGGCUCCUGCAAAAUCCAGGGUAUUUACCCCUUUUAAGAGAUUGCCUAGCUAAAGGAAGUUAAAAUAGGUUCAGUAGACUGCUUUGAGGAUCCUCCUAAGAUAUCUGUACUUGAUCAUAUCUCCAUGAUAAAAAUAAAUUAUAGAUAUAAGCUUGGGACAUCCUCUAUAUCCAAAUAUAAGUUGGGAGACUUGUUGACAAUAUUUGAUCUUAACAAAUAUAGAUUACUUAUCAUAAAGUUUGAUAUGAUAGAGCAAACCUGAUUUCCUAUUUGUACUAUACAUGAUGAGCCCAUUAUCUUGAUAUGUGAAUCGUACAUUAAGUGAGAUGUGUCUUGUUCUUACACGUGAA